AUGCUACACAUCGCAGAUGCCCUGAUCAUUGGCGGGGGACCUGCAGGACUUGGGGUCGCAUUGGCCCUCUGCAGACAAAACCACAGCGUUAUCAUCUUUGAUUCAGGCGAUUACCGCAACAAAUAUGGCGAGAUGCACAUGGUCUCUACCUGGGAUCAUCGAUACCCAGAUGAGUUUCGAUCCGCUGCCCGCACUGAGGUGGUAAAUCGAUAUUCAGGGCAAUGUACCUUUGUCGACCAGGAAGUACUCUCUCUCAGUCGGGUCCAGGAGAAUGUCGACAUACCCAGCGAAAAAAUCCCGAAAAACAGUGGCCCUUUCAAAGCUAUUGAUUCGUGUGAAAAAGUGUGGCAUGGUCGAAAGGUUAUUCUCGCUACUGGGUCUCGAGAUCUGCUCCCAGGUAUCGAUGGCUUCGAUGAGUGUUGGGGUAAAGGUGUCGCCCACUGUCUCCUCUGUCAUGGCCAUGAAGAACGUGGUGCUGAGUCCGUCGGAAUCCUCGCUUUGGAUGAAUUUGCGGUGCCAUCAACUCUCAUGCGCGUGCUACGCUCUUGUAAACAGUUCACUUCGCGUGUCCGAAUUUAUACGCAUGGAAACACACGAGCAGCAGCUGAGCUACGCGAGGCCAUGGCUGUAGUUCCUGGGUGUGAUAUUGAGCCAGAUUUUAUUGAACGCCUGGAGAUGGCUACGAUGGUUGAUGGACCGUCGGCCACAGGCGUACGUGUGGUACUGGAGGAGGCUGCACCGCAGCAACAUGCCUUUGUUGUCUAUCACCCAGGGACCGAACAAGCGAGUAAUCUACCAGCACAACUAGGGCUAAAACUCACCUCGGAGGGUGACAUCAUGAUCAACGACUGGCAAGAAACAUCCCAACCCGGCAUCUUCGCAACUGGUGAUUGCGCUUCUCGUCACAAAUACUUCGCCACUGCCUCUGCCAUGGGUAAUUUAACAGGUGCUAGUGUUGCACAACAGCUGCAAGCAGAUAUAAGAUACAUAUGA